AAUCGGUUCAUGAUGAUUAUCAGACUAAUACCUUCAUUUAGUUUAUUCCAAAAUUCCAAACGCAUAACCAGAGACUAACUCAAGUAACUUAGGAUGGACUCUGUAGUUUCUACUAUUUGUGCAAUGUCAUCCUCUGUUGUAUAGACCACAUGCUACACAGUUCAAUUCAACAAUUUUCAGAGGCAACAAAAAACUAUUAAGGUAUAAAAACCUAAAUCCUAGAAUGGUAUAAUGUUACCAAGUAUUAGACAUUAUUCACAAUUCAAACACUUUUCAGAAGCAAAUAGGAUUCAUUAAAGUCCUUUCCAAGAAUAAAUGAAACGGUACGGCAACUACAAAAGAAAAGACAAAAGAGUAAACACCCAUAGAACACCUGAGAACUAAUAUUCAGUUCAAUCCAUAUAUAACAAAUCAAAGUAGAUAAUAAGACAGUUAUUGAAACUUUAAAAUAUUCAAAAUGUGUUAAACUACUAAUCUAAUUAAAAUCAUUUUUGUUCCAAUCAGGAUGCACUUCAGGGCACGUAUAUUUUUCCUGUCUGAGUCCUAAAAUGGUAAGCAUUUGGAGCAGGAACUCUAUAUAUAUACACGGAAACAAUCACACAAUUCAGUCAUUUCUAACUACCAGUUCAUUCCUCAUGGCACCAACAAUCCAAUGCAGAUGCAUUUGCUUCGCAUUCAUCUUGAUUUUGGUAGCUUUGGCUUAUCAAGCUGAAGCUCGAUCUCUACCAGAUGCAUCAAUGUAUGAAAGGCAUGAGGAAUGGAUGGCGAAAUAUGGAAUAGUAUAUAAAGAUGCUAAUGAGAAGGAAAUGCGUCACAAAAUAUUCAAUGAAAAUGUAGAACGCAUAGAAUACUUUAACAGAGCUGCGAACAAACCUUACAAAUUAGGCAUCAAUCAAUUUGCAGAUCUUACAAAUGAAGAAUUCAAGACCUCGCGAAACAGAUUCAAAGGUCAUAUGUGUUCUCCACAGGCAGGUCCUUUCAGGUAUGAAAAUGUUACUGCAGUGCCAUCAUCCAUGGAUUGGAGAAAGAAAGGUGCAGUCACACCCAUCAAGGACCAAGGCCAAUGUGGAUCGUGCUGGGCAUUUUCAGCAGUGGCUGCAGUAGAAGGAAUCACCCAGCUAACAACUCAAAAAUUGAUUUCACUUUCUGAGCAAGAACUGGUUGAUUGUGACACUAAAGGAGAGGAUCAAGGCUGCCAGGGCGGUCUAAUGGAUGAUGCAUUUAAAUUCAUAGAAACAAAUCAGGGCCUAACCACAGAGGCUAACUAUCCUUAUGAAGGAUCUGAUGGAACAUGCAAUUCCAAUAAGGAAGCCAACCAUGCAGCCAAGAUAACUGGCUACGAAGAUGUACCAGCCAACAAUGAGGCUGCAUUAUUGAAAGCCGUUGCAAAGCAACCAGUUUCUGUUGCCAUUGAUGCUGGAGGUUAUGAAUUUCAAUUCUACUCAAGUGGGAUUUUUACCGGAGACUGCGGCACCGAAUUAGAUCACGGUGUUGCUGCUGUUGGGUAUGGAGUUAGCCAAGGAACAAAUUAUUGGCUGGUGAAGAAUUCAUGGGGCACGCAAUGGGGUGAGGAAGGGUACAUAAGAAUGCAAAGAGAUAUUGAUGCAAAAGAAGGGCUCUGUGGUAUUGCCAUGCAAGCAUCUUACCCUACUGCAUAAAAUUCAGAGAUCAAACAAAAGCUAUCUAAUUAAUACAUGUAAUAUAUAUUGUCUGUAUGCUUGGUUUUAAAGUUUGGUUGUUUAUAAUAUGAACUAGUCAGUGUGCAGUUCUUGUACAAGACACUACAAGUUUGUAUAUUUGCAAAUAUUAUAUAAUAUGAAUGUUGUU